AUGGUCAAGGUCUUGAAAGGAGUGCUCAUAAAACGCCAUCCCGCCAUGAAGCAGUUCUUGCUGUGCUCGGAUGAGUCCAAUGCCUUGGGGAAGAAGUUCAUCAUUCAAGACAUUGAUGACACACAUGUCUUUGUCAUUGCAGAGCUGGUUAAUGCCCUCCAGGAACGAGUAGGGGAGCUGAUGGACCAGGAUGCCUUUUCUCUUCCCCAGAAGUGA